GUAUGGGAAGGGCGUGGUUACCCCGCGCAUCCUCUCCAGCCUUUAUUUUUUGUUAACCCCGCCCACACGUGAUCAUAUGGGCGUGACGUCACCGCAGGUCCUCAACCCCCUGUGUGCUGUGGACUGUGCGGGGGAUGCCUGCGGACACAAAGUGCUAGCGGUUAGAGAUCUCUGCCGUUUUCUUCGGAGCGCACACUACAUAUAAGUGCUAAGGUGUUUUCACAGCAGAAGUUCCUUUUCCUAAACUAAUGGAUGAUUUUAUACACUAAUAGGACAAUUUAAGUUGGAAUAAUGCCUAGCUGUUUGGUGAACCAGUGUGUUAGCAAAACCGGAAAAAAGGGCCAGAAUGGACAGGUGAUCCUGCACUCCUUCCCAAAGGACAUCUCCAGAAUAAAGUUAUGGCUGCAGCAGACCGGUCAAGUCUUCAACAAUAUAAACGCUCUGGCCCAGAAGAUAUUGGAUGAAAACAAACAAAACCGAUACCGUCUGUGCUCCUGCCACUUCGCCCCCGAUUCCUACAUCAUCAACGUCUGUGGAAGAACUUUGAAAGCCGACGCCAUACCUUCCAUUUUCCCAAUUGUCAACGAAGGAGAGUGCAUCAUCGAAGAAAACUUGAAAAAAGACCGCGUGAGAAAACGGAAGAGACGCUUCGACUCGUACGUUCCGGUCUUCCAAACCUAUGAACCUGAAACCGAACCUGAACCGGAAGCUGAAGCCGAACCUGAAUCUGAAAUGGAAGACAUAAAGCCUCAGGAUAUACAAUUGGUAAAAAUUGGAUUUUGCGACAUCGGAACCCAAACAGAUUACACACUUACAAAUUCAAUUCUUGUUUUGAAGGAUCUGAUGAUCUGGACAGACCGUUCGCUUAUUCAGUAAUCGCGUACUCCUGUUAAAGGGGUGUCCAGGAAUAGAAAAAACAGAGCAGAUUUCUUUUUAAAAAAAAACAGCACCACUCCUGUCCUCAG